AUGCUUGAGAGAACGGCGGCAACACUGGAAUCAUGCACCAGUCUUCAUGCUCUUCCAUCCGCCUCACGAUCACUGAGAAGUCGGCGCAAACUUCACACUGGCUUCUGGCAGCAUGGCGCCGCUGCUAUCGACAUCUCCAGCUCUACGGUGGCUACGCAGCCCGACAGUGUCAGCUUUCCCGCCCCCAAAUCGCCAAUACCGUCACCCGAAACCCUCGCGGCAUCCACCUUUUUACUCGACUUCCUCUAUCCCAGUGGGACGGUCACGUUCUUGCGUAAGCUUGCCCCAGGCCUGUACGACCACCAUCAAGCUUCUAUUCACCGACUUCCUCGUCGGUCCAGACCUUUCACCUCGUCCACUGUUGCGAGCCCGUUGCAGAAUCACGAUUCCCAAUCGAUACGACACGGCCAGGCCACCAGUACAUCUGUGAUAGAAGAGCACCAAGAACUUGGCCAUGAAAAUCCCGAACAAGCGGAAGAAGAAGAUGCGAUUAGGGGUAUACAUGACACCCACAGCGGCCCCUCGUAUGAUGGGGCAGGAUCGCGACCAGACUUGAUGAGGGAGUUGAUGGCUGAGAGGAACACGGAAUAUUUCGGUUCAAUAUGGCAGCUCUACUCGCAACUAGAACCGAGCUUGCAGCCGGAGCUCCGCCCCGAAGUCAUCGUGUACCUUCAUCGAUCCGGAAGCCUUAUCGACGCUCGCAGGGUGUCGCUCUUGUUCUCGGAGAUAGAUGCCACCGAAUGGACGACGAGUAUUCUAACGUCUGCUGUAGCGGCGCACCUCCGCCUUGGGCGUCGGAUUGAAGCACUUUCGUUAUACCAUAAGGGGCUGAGCGCAAAGGGCAUGGCCGGCGGGCUGAACCAGCUGCUGCAAUACGCGUUUAGGGAUGCUGACUGGGAUAUGGUCAAAGACGUUUGGGUGUCUUACCACGCAAGCAAUGCGUAUUGCGACAGCUAUGUUAAGCGCCUGCGCUUGUCCUCCGUCCCUGGUAUCGGAAAGCUUCUCAUUGACUUUGCACGGUUUAUAAGGGCGUCCAAAAUGCAGGAAGAGGUGGCGCAAAUGCUCAAUGCACUUCUCAGGCAAACAGCCGAAGUUGCGCUUCAGCGGCCCUGCGAACCAGAGGAGGCCCUGCCACUUCUUCAGAUCGUUGACUCGGCCGACAUGUAUGUCACCUAUUUCCGCAAAGCCUGGCAACGGGGUCAGCGAGAUCAUUUGCCGGAUAUAUACCGCGUCUACCGAAAAUUGGCAAACAAGGCAAUUCCUUAUGGAAUCCUGCAUUGCAUGUUGGAUAUAUUUAUCCCUGACGACGUGCUAGGCCUCGAGCAAGUUUAUGAGGAUUUUCACCGAGCUGGCUCCAGCGGGAUGGAUCGACAUGCCUUCAAGAGGUAUCUCGGGUUUUACGCGUCACGCGGCGACACCAAGUCUAUCGAGCGCUUAGUAGACACCUAUCGUCGGAGGCACGGGUCCAAAGUAGCUGAAAUCUUCGGCCAAAUGAUGAAUGCGUACGCAACCCUGGGGGAUUACGACAGCGCUCGGCGCGUUUUUGACGAGCUGAGAUACAAACACCGAAAACCGGUGACCGUGUAUCACUGGAAUCUGCUCCUCAAGAGCUGUCUGCAGAGUGCAACAUAUGACCGCGCCAUAUCGGUCUUCGAGGAGUUCGGCCAUCAUAUUCGGCCCAAUUCAGUGACCUUUGCGACCAUCAUGUCGCUGGCGGCGUCCAAGGGCGACCUGGAAUUCACUCUUAACCUUCUCCAAAAAGCUCGGCACAAUAACGUCGAGAUCGACGUCGAGAUUCUCAAGGCCGUGGUCAAAGCCUACUGUUUAAACAAUCGGUUUCAAGACGCUUUGGUAACUUGUAUAAAUGCCAAGGAAAAAAACGUCUCUGGUGAUCAAGCCAAGCUCUGGAACGCCUUGUUGCGUCGAUAUUCGGAUCGGCGGGAGUUUGACGAGGUGUGUGGCAUCGUUGCUCUCAUGGAGCAACACAAUAUACAGAUGACGUCCGAAACCCACCAGCUGUUGUUGAAAGCCUUGGUGGAUUGCAAGCAGGUUCACCCCGCGUACAAAGUGCUGCGCUCACUUGUUCGGAAACAACCGUCCACUCUGACCCAGGAGCACUUUACCACUGUCCUUGAAGGUGGUCUGCGCUUGCGCCAGCUGAGAUGGGCGAACAAGCUUGACAAGAUGAUGCGAUUUCAUGCUGGACUUCCGCCUUCGAUUGGUUUCCGUCUUGCUCAGGCCCGCGCCUUGCUUAAAGAUGAAUUGUUAAGCAACCGCCAAAUGUCAAAGGAAGUCGAUGCGGUAAAGGACUUGAUGGAGUACAUCCGGGGAUUGGCCGAUGAUGUUAAGGCAAUGGAGAUGGACGCGGCCUCUGUUAACAACACCCAACAUGCAGCGAAAGGUGCGGACUCGCUGUUCCGCCUGCGUCAACUUCUUAUCAGGGCCACGGUCCUUUUCACUCGAUAUCGCCGUUUUGAUUUGGUCAGAGAGCUUCGAGAGAUGCAAGCGAGUCUGGGCCAAGAGGGCGUCAUGUUAGGACCCAAGAAUCUGUCAAUCGACAUGCUGCACUCACUUAUGCAGGAGAACGUCCAUGAGAAGAAGUACGACGCCGCCAAGGACAAUUGGGAGCUUAUCUGGCAAAAAACCUUAGAACUCGCCCAACCAGCAUUACCCCCGAGACAGGGUCCGAGUGCUGUAUUGCCACGAUAUCGCUACAUCCUAUCUAAACCGUUUGAGACGCUGCAAGAAGUGUUGAUGGAGCUGCGCGACCCCAAGAGCCUAAAGACAGCCCUUGACCGGCUUCUGGAUGCGGGUUUUCUUCUCGACGGCCACAGCAUGAACUAUGCCUGUCAGGUUCUUGCCCAGAUGGGCUUAUGGUUGGAUGCCUGCAGGCUGUGCGAGCGGUAUCUCAUGCCCAACUGGACGGGAUGGAGGAUUAACCGAAUCAGGAAGGGCCUUAAGGGGAACAUUCCCUUGGGAAAACGGCGCAAAGGCAGCGCGCCGCAAUGGUUGCGACCGACGUCAUACACCCUCAUCGUCCUUGCCAAGGAGUACAGCGAUCUCAAAGGGAUGAUAGCGUGGUCGUCUGCUGCUGCGGAGAAGGCUCGGAUUGUCCAGGAAGAGUGCCCUAUAGUUGUGAACGCUCUUAAGAGCUUGCCAUACACGGGUAUUGGCAUCGAGGUGGAUGCUUUUGGUCGGAAAUAG